GCUGCCACUGCCAGCCAACCACGCUCGCACACCGCAGGUAUCCACCCACAUUGUCUUUGUGUUGCGUGCCCCGCCAAACCCCCGCAACUCUUUCCCCGAUCCGGCGGCGACCACUACCUCGUCGCCGGCCCCAGCGCCACCGCCGCGCCAUGGACCCGGAGGCGGUGCGGAGGACCCUCGAGCCCACCGCUUCCGCCGCGGACAUCUCGGGCUCCACCCCUUACGACUCCUUCGUCAUCAGCGGCGUCCGCCUCGAGGCCGCCGAGCACGGCAGCGUCCUCUGCUCCUUCGUCGUCACCCCCCGUAUCGCCAGCCCCCAAGGGUACCUUCUCAGCGGCGUCACGGCAACGCUCGCCGACCAGUUGGGCUCGGCCGUGUUCUUCUCCAGCGGGGUGGGCACGAGCGGGGUCUCCCUCGAGAUCAGCGUGUCCUACGUCGACACGGCCGCCGUCGGGGGGCUACAUCGGUUCAACACUAAUUACUUUUGGAUAAGUAAUUUACUAUCCAUUUGUGAGAGCUCACUGAGGUAUCACUUAGGUGCCGACUGGGCUCUCAGUGGUACCUCCAUUGGUAUCAUGUGUACAACUAACCAGUUUGUGAUGGUAACAAGUUGUUGGAAGAUGACAUGAGUGAACUGGGGAAGAAAUAGAGGUUGAGGCGAAGCUAUUGCGUGCUGGAAAAUCAGUCGGUGUUAUCUCUGUUGAUUUCAGGAAGAAAAGGAGUGGCAAAUUGAUGGCUCAGGCGCGUCAUACAAAGUACCUUGCUGUAUCUAGCAGAUUGUGAGGAUUCCCUUCAGUUGUAAGAUAAAAACAUGGUUUUGUCCAGCUCUUCGCUGCCCUUUAUCAAUAGACAACAGCAACACAAUGUAGUGCUCCAUUGUUUAAGAAAGGCUGGUUAUAUCCAUAUGAAAUUCUGUAACGCA